AUGGCGUCAGAAAUGGGCUAUAAUUUUGUCUUCAAAGUGGUCUUGAUAGGAGAGUCUGGGGUUGGGAAAAGCAAUCUGCUGUCGAGGUUUACCAAGAACGAAUUUAAUCAUGACAGUCGCACGACCAUUGGGGUUGAGUUCAGCACGAGAUCAAUUCAGUUGGAAACGGUCACCGUGAAAGCGCAGAUAUGGGACACGGCUGGGCUGGAACGCUACCGAGCCAUCACCUCUGCGUACUACAGAGGAGCAGUAGGAGCUUUGCUAGUCUAUGACAUCACCAAACACUUGACUUACGAGAACGUGGAGCGCUGGCUGAAGGAGCUGUACGACCACGCGGAUCCGCACAUCGUGGUCAUGUUAGUGGGCAACAAAUGCGACCUGACCUCCCAGAGAACGGUGCCCACUCAAGAGGCCAAAGAUUUUGCAGAAAGCAAAGGCUUGCUAUUCAUGGAAACAUCAGCACUGGAGUCAACAAAUGUUGAAUCUGCCUUUCUUGAAGUUAUAACAGAGAUCCACAAGAAGGUUUCCAGCAGAGAGGUCACACGAGGGUCCAUCUGUGCUGUGACGCUGAACAGUCCAAUGGGACCGAUCAGUGAAGCUAAAGAGGAGAGAAAGGCCUGCUGUAAAAACCUCUGA